ACCAUCACACAGAGAAACCAACACAGAAAGAUGGUGUCGUUGAAACUGCAGAAACGAUUAGCUGCUCAUCUUCUCAAUUGCGGAAAAGCCAAAGUCUGGUUGGAUCCUACUGAGAUCGAUCACAUUUCCAUGGCUAAUUCCAGAUUGAACGUUCGGAGGCUUAUCCAAGACGGUUUGAUUCUAAAGAAACCUCCGAAGCUCACAUCGAGAUCACGUGCUCGAGCAGCUGCGGAAGCAAGGAGAAAAGGCAGGCGCUCGGGAUACGGAAAGCGCAAGGGAACUCGAGAGGCAAGGCUGCCGUCGAAACUGCUGUGGAUGCGGCGGGUGAGGGUGCUUCGACGCCUGCUCCAUGGCUACCGAGACUCUGGCAAAGUCGACAGCCAUGUCCACCACGACUUGUACCUCAAGGUGAAGGGCAACGUGUUCCGAAACAAGCGCAUUCUGGUCGAGCACAUUCACAAGUUAAAAAAGUCGAAAGCACAUUACCAGCAAGAUCAAUUAACGGCCAUCCGAUCAACGAAGCACAAGCAUCAUUCCCUCAUUUGUUAAUCGAUGUAAUUAUUCCAAGUCAUUGAGUAUUUGUUCUAUGUUCAUACCACGAAUGAUUGUAAUUUACAACAAAAUAAAAGCAUGAUUUACCGUUUUGGCA